UUUGAACACACACUGAGUUCGCAAACGUUUCACAGUCAUAUGACAGUGGCCAGUUCCUCUCAAACACUACGUUACGAUUCUAGUUGUGAAAAACAUUGCAAACAACACAGACCUGUUUAAUCAAGCAUCAAAAUGUUGGCACUCAUUAACCGCCUCCUGGACUGGUUUAAGGCUCUAUUUUGGAAGGAAGAAAUGGAGUUAACCCUCGUCGGACUGCAGUAUUCGGGGAAAACGACGUUUGUUAACGUAAUCGCGUCAGGCCAGUUCAGCGAAGACAUGAUUCCAACGGUCGGGUUCAACAUGAGGAAGGUCACGAAAGGCAACGUCACCAUCAAGGUCUGGGAUAUAGGAGGUCAGCCGAGGUUCAGGAGCAUGUGGGAGCGAUACUGUCGUGGAGUGAAUGCAAUAGUGUACAUGGUGGAUGCAGCAGACCGGGAGAAGGUUGAAGCUUCCAGAAAUGAGCUGCACAAUCUUUUAGACAAGCCACAGUUACAAGGAAUCCCUGUGUUGGUGCUUGGGAAUAAGAGAGAUCUACCUAAUGCGUUGGAUGAGAAACAGCUAAUUGAAAAAAUGAACUUGGCUGCUAUUCAAGACCGGGAGAUCUGCUGCUACUCUAUUUCCUGCAAAGAGAAAGAUAACAUUGACAUUACACUUCAGUGGCUAAUCCAGCACUCAAAGUCAAGAAGAAGCUGAAAGUGUCUUCAGAGGGCCCAAGUUUAUCCGCUGCCAUGUUACUCUCACACCACAUCCUGCUCACUUUGUGAAACUGUACAGUUCUCCAUACUGCCCCCCCUCACACUACCCUGCUUGUCUGUUCCCAUAAUUCUUCACAAGCUCCUCCUCCCAACUGCAUCAGUUAUGUCAAAGGUACAUCAGUCGCUAAAAGACAGUAGUCUGCAGAAUGAGUUUCUCCACCUCUUACAGCCUGCUGUCAGAUGAACAUUAUGGAUUCAUGGUUUUGCAAAUCCCAGCAGCUCCAGUGGUCUCCACUUGGGGUUUCCUGAACAAAUAUAUUAAAAAACUGAGAAAAAAAAAAAAAAUCAAACUUUAAUAUCGUGUUCUGCCUUUUUCCUCCAGUCUGUCAGAUUAUGCUCUUGAGAGCGUGUAAUAUCGUUUGGACUGUUGCUUUUAUUUCUUUCCUUUUCUCCCCGCCCAAAUUGUCUCUUGAGCAGUCUGUAAUAUUUAAAUAUGAGGAGCAGUCCAGUAAAUAAACAGUUUAAAUGAAGAUUCAGAAAGAUUUUUACAGAAGUGAGUGUAAUUAUAUUUGAGAGGAUGAAUGUUUUGCUGGUAAAGGUAUUCAUUGAGCUCGAUGAAGUCUUUGCAUCCUGUUGAUGAGCUGAGAGAGAGAGAGUAGGUGAAGUUAAAGUGCCUUGUGCAGUGUAUCUGUCCCUCAAGAUGAAAAGUAUACCGGGUGUGCCUGCCUGGAACUAGAUUGGAUAAAGACAGCUUACUUUGAACUGCAAGAACUGAAGGCAUGCUUUUUAAGGUAGAUUAUUGUACUGUUGUCAUUAUCAAUUAAAUAUUUGUGAAAAGAGGCAAAUGUUGCAAACCCCACUAUUAUCAAUGCACUUUUGUAAAUAUAAUGAACCAAUAAAUAGAUUGUCAACAUGUAGGAGGAA